AUGGCAUCUCAGGCCCUGGAGCAAGUGAUUCUUCGGGAUUCAGCUCUAUUUUACUGGAUUUUAAUUCCUAUUACUGUUGUCAUGGUACUAACUGGUAUACUUCGUCAUUAUGCAACAGUGUUGAUGACAAGCCCUGCCAAACCGGCUACGAGCCUAGCGGAAUAUCGCGAACGUCUUUCACUGCUACGUGGGAUCAACCUUCGCAAUAACGCUUCUGCGGCUAUCGGCCAUUCAUCGCUUGCAGCCCGAAAAGCUUAUCUUAUUUCUGCAUAUAAAACUGGUCUGUUUCUCAAAGAUUCUGAUUGCCGGGGGAAAGGUCCACCGAAUCCGAUGACUGAUCCAGCCGGUAUGGAUGCAAUGAUGGGAAUGAUGAAAAGCAAUAUGGCCAUGAUGAUUCCACAGACUCUAAUUAUGAGUUGGAUCAAUGCCUUUUUUUCUGGGUUUGUUAUCUUAAAACUACCUUUUCCUUUGACAAUCCGUUUCAAAUCAAUGCUGCAAUCGGGUGUUAUCACUCGCGAUUUAGACGUGAGAUGGGUAUCAAGUCUCUCCUGGUAUUUUCUGAACCUCUUUGGACUUCAGCCCAUUUUUGGGUUCAUCCUUGGAAGUGAGAAUUCCGCUGGCCAGAUGCUACAUCAAAUGAGCCCCACGCAUCCCUCCACUACUGUUAAUCCAUUUGGACCCGGCCAAGACCCGGAUAAACUAUUCUUAGCCGAAGCAGAAAACCUCGAGGUCAUGGAGCAAUAUUGUGUUUUUGAGGGAAUAGAGGAGCGCCUGCUGCAAAAGGUCAGCUCGCCGCCGUUGCUAAGAUAG